AUGCCAAGUUAUGCCAAGUUUUUGAAGGAUAUCUUGUCUAAGAAGAGAAAGCUAGAGGAUCAUGAAACAGUGAUGCUGACAGAGGAAUGUAGUGCAAUUAUCCAAAAUAAGUUGCCAUCCAAGUUGAAGGAUCCAAAGAGUUUUAUUAUCCCUUGCAAUAUUGGCAAUGUAGAAUUUACUGGAGCUUUAUGUGAUUUAGGUGCCUGUAUUAAUUUAAUGCCUCCUUCUGUUUUGAGGAAACUUAGGCUAAGAGAUAUAAAGCCAACUAUGGAUUUUGUGGUUUUAAACAAGGAGGAAGAUAGAGAAGUGCCAUUGAUUUUGAGGUCCCCAUUCCUUGUAAUUGGAAAAGCACUCAUAGAUGUCCAUGAAAGUAAACUCACACUUAGAGUGGGGAAAGAAGAAGUAACAUUCAAUGUUCUUCAUUUUACUAAACAUCCCAUGGAAAAUGAUGAAUGUUUUAGGAUGGAUAUUAUUGAUGAAUGUGUGCAUGAGAUGAUUGAUGCUGUGAAAAUUAAUGAUAAGAUUGCUUGCGUUGAGGAAGAUUUGUGUUUGGAUGUUAUUCAGGAUGUCGAGUGUGAUUGUGUUCAUGAUAUUGGAUGUGAAAUUGUGCAUAAUAUUGAGAUAGGACAGGAAAAAGUGAAAGAAAAUUCAGUUCCUAAGUUGGAAUUGAAACCACUCUCAAGUCAUCCUAGAUAUGCAUUUUUAGGAGAAUCUUCAACUUUUCCUAUGAUUAUUCUACAAAUUUGA